AGUCAUUCCGGAAGCCAAGGUUUGCAUCACUGCUACACUUCAACUGAGAAUGAUUUCAUUUCAAAAAGCUGGGCUGCUCUAUCUGUACGCGCUGAUGUGGUCAGCCCCUAAUGCAAGCAGUGGUCAGCUGAUUGAAGUGGACCUGAACAAAGGGUUGAUAUACAACACGCCAAUCUACUGCUCGACUGCAGUCCCUGACUAUUUCAACUGUAAGCCUUCAGCCUGCUACUGGUCAGGGUCAAGGUCAGAGUGCUGCAUGUAUCGUUACACACGCAGUGAUGGACUUACACUUGACCAAUGUAAAUGCAGCAAUAAAGUGAACUGCCCAGUUGUGUCCACCACUACCACUACGACAACCACCACCACCCCCAUCACCACCACACCACAUGUGGAAACAGAUCCUAUCUACUGUACAGCUGCAACAGAGGCCAACAACCCUAAGCUAUGCUCUAACGACGAUUCAUGUUUUCUCUCCUCCACGAAAAACAAGUGCUGUUUUACAGCUAGGAAAAUAUAUUCGCAGUUAUUUUUUGAAACUGAGCCAACCCUGAAACUUGAUCCACAGUGCCACUGUAGCGCGGACGUUGAUUGUUUGGUAUUAAAAAAAUAAGCGCAAAAGGACAUUUCCCCGCUUUGGAAUGAUCAGCUCCAAGAAAAAAACUAUCUUUUUAAUUCAAAAGAAGCAUAAUAUUAAAUUUACA